AUGUGUGAACAGCAGCAGAUUCAGUCUUACCUGGCUUUCCCCCAAUGCUGUGUGACGGGUUCUUUCCAAACUUCCUCCUCUUCCAUUGCUUCAGGUGGCCCGGUAGUGGUCCAAGCUCCCUGUGAGAUGCAAAUUGUGGAAUGCCCAGCACCAUGCCCAGUUCAAGUUUCCCAGGUGAAGUGCCAGACUCAAUGCCAGUCUAAGGUCACCGAGGGGAAGUGCAAAGCUCAGUGUCAGACUGAGACCACUCAGGUGAAGGGCCAAGUUCCAUGCCAGGCUCAGACUGCGCAAGUGAAAGGCCAGUCUGAAGUUUCUAAUGUGCAAGGCGCAGCCUCAGGUUCUGGUCAAACGUGCUACGUAGAAGGUGCUCCAGUUUACUAUACGCAAACUUGUUUCGUGGAGUACCCAGUUCAGACCUGUAUACCCGGUCCAGCUCUGCAGCCUGUUCAGACUUAUAUAGAAUAUGUCCCAGUGUGUCAGACUCAGGAAGGAUUCUCUACUCAGGGUCAGUACGAGGGUUCCUAUAGUAGCUGUGUUUCUCAAACGCGACCACGAUCUUAUAGCAGUUGUGGGCCCCAAAUCCAGUCCCGGGGGGCCUACAGCAGCUGUGGCCCUCAACUCCAAUCUCGACAAUUCUACGGCAGCUGCGGCCCGCAGGUCCAGUCCCGGGAAUCUUACAGCAGCUGUGGACCCCAGGUUCACUCCCGGGAAUCUUACAGCAGCUGUGGACCGGAGCGCCAGUCCCGAUCCUCGUUUCGAACCUGUGCACCUCAAUGCGUGGCCCAAGGCUCCUAUGGGAGCUACACUGCACAGCGAAGGUCUCAGAGCCUGGGCCGAUGUCUGCCCCUUCAACCACUGCAGUCUUCCUACCGCAGCUGUUCGCCUCCAAGCCGCUGGGGGCGCUCCUACAGCACCUGGGCGCCCUCCCGGAGUUCCUGGGAUUGCUGCAGCUACUGCACCCCGCCCCGCCGCUCCGAGCCCAUCUACAACAGCGGUCCCUCCACAGAGGGUUCGUGUUCAGAUUCCCCCCAUCGGACGCUGCUCCCAGAGCUGCGCCCCACGUUCUUUCCGGGGCGCCUCCUGUCCAGAUCUGAGCCCACGUGA